GGAGCAUCUUUUUCUGCUGAUGGGAAGCAUGUACUCAUGUCAAAUCUCUCUGAUGGCUUCGAUUGUUAUGAUACCAGCAAUGGCAAGCAUUUGGCUAACCUCCCAACUCCGAUCAUCUACAACAUUCCAUCAUCUUCACUAUUCAUUGAAGAUAAUCAAUCCAUAUUGUGUAGAAGUUCUUGUGGAUAUGUUUUAAUAUAUUCUGGAAAUAUGAAGAACAUUGUCCAGGUGUUGAGACAUGGAGGUAUGAACCAGGUUCCUGCUGGUAGUGGACUAAUUUUGAUGUCUCUUUGGACUAGAGCAUGA